GUUGAUCAGGUGUUCACCGUAUGCAAACAAACAUUUUUUCAGAAGGGGGCGGAGUCUCAGUUAUACUGUAUUGAUCAAUGCCGACAAUUUGCCAUGCAUCAGAAAGAGACAAAAAUAGCAAUAUCUGCAAACACCUCCCAGUAUGACGAAAUUGGCAGGAUCAGUUCCAAUUGGCUUCAGGAUUGAUGGAUUGUACGAAAUCCUCGAGUGGCGAAGGACAUAUGUUGAAGUAUUGCGAAAAUGAAAACACUUUCCUCGACUAUUCGCUGAUAAGAUCAAUUGCAAAUUUUUAUCUAAACAUUGCACUUCCCACUAAGCUGACAUUCGUUGGAGAAAUUGGAUAAAUGUCGUUAACAUUAGUCUGCUAGUUGCUGUCAUACAAACAGAAUGGACUUAUCUGCGGAAUAAAUUAGUUUGAAAUUAUUCGAGUGACUUUUCUAAAUCAGCGGAUUCGAAUGUACAUAAAUGUGCAGUGAUUAGCUCAACACUGAGUCGAAUGAUUUGCUGGUGGCUUAGCCUGCAAGGAUAGAAUGUCGGACGAUUAUGACUUUAAACGAUGCAUAGUGUAGAUCAUAACAUGUUCAAGAAAUCAUAUAAAAUAUGUUUUGGCGUGUUACUUUUGAUAAUUCUCGAUGUUUUUUGUGUUUUAGCAGAAAAAGUUAGAAAGUACGUUUUGAAAGAUGACAACUGCAAUAAGCCAUUUUUCAGUGCAUACACAGAAGUGUCGAUGUUUGCAUUGUACUUACUUGUAAUCGGUAUCAUAGAACCAUUACGAGAAACAUGUACACGCAACAAAAACUAUAGUAUAAUGGAAAUGACGCGGGAGGAUGAAAACUAUACACCAAAUUAUAAUAGAUUGAGUGAUUCCUCCUUUGUACCAAUCCAGUCUGAUGCCUUAAGUAGCACAGAAAGCGAUGACUCAACUAUACGUAGCGUAAGGUUUAGUAAAUUAGCAGAAGUUCGCGAGAUGUCUUCAGUGGACGCUUCUGAAGCGUUAAUGUCGCGACUAUCAUAUAGUGCUAGUCUCCGUUUGCGCAAACAAAAAACUCAUCAUCAAACAGCCAAGGCUGCAUUACUAUAUUCAAUCUUGUACUUCAUUGGAAAGUACUCGCAUCAUACUUCAAUAAAUUCCACAGAAACGCCAAUCGUCACAGCAUUUAGCUCCACGUCGAGUUUAUUUACAUUAAUUUUAGCAUCAAUGUUUCCAUCAACCAAUAGUGAUAAAUUCAGUUUUUCUAAGCUCAUCGCUGUCCUUAUUAAUAUGUCUGGUAUAGUGCUAGUAACGGUCGCUCAUGAUUCAGCUUUUAUAUUUUCUAGGGAGUGUAUGUUGUCUCUUUUGAAUGCAUUUUUUACAUCACUUGCUCUAGUUUAUAUUUUGGCAAAGAAUAUAAUUGAGGAUAAAUUUGAUAUACCGUUAUUUUUGGGAUUUGUUGGACUGUGGAACCUGAUUUUAAUGUGGCCACUGUUUUUUGUAUUAGAUCUUUUACAAAUUGAAUCGUUUCUGCUACCAAGUGAACGCCAAUUGAUCAUUAUAUUUCUGAAUGGACUAUUUGGAACCGUUCUGUCCGAGACAUUCAGGCUUUGGGGCUGUUUGUUAACAUCAUCCGUGCUCGGUGUUGUUGUUCUUUCCAUGCAAAUUCCUUUUUCAGUCUUAUUUGAGUUACUUUUCACACAAAGUAAAAUUAACGUUUUUCCGUUGUGUAUUGGAUCAAUAACAGUAUUAUUAGCAGUUAUUUUUUUGGCGAUAUUGACAAAAUACGGCGAUGUUGACCCGCUACUUAAAAUCAUUAAAGUUUUGUAUAAAAAAGUUAUUGACCGGAAACGAGCGAACUCAGUGAAAUUACUUGAUUAUGAGGAACAACAUGAGUCACUAAUUGAUGUUAACCAAUAAAAUUAAGUAUACUAAACAUUAA